GUUUUCCCGCUUGACAUGCUACACUCUUGUGCAGCUUCCAAGUUCCUCCGCUGCAGUCUCAAUAUUUGAGAAAUUGAGAGUCCGAUUUGUCCGUCAUAAAUUCAUAAUUCAGCAUCUCAUCCAUUCCAACACUCCUUUCGAACUCUCCAACCCUCAUCCAAAAUGCCGAUCACGAAAUCAAAUAUACCGGAAAAAGGCAAGAUGCUCCCUCCGGGUGUCUACUGUCCCGUAAUCUCACUCUACAAGCCCACUAAAACCCAAGAAAUCGAUCUCGACGCCAUGUACAAGCACUGCCAAUAUCUCGUAAAAGGAGGACUCCACGGACUCGUGUACCAAGGCACAAACGGCGAAGCCGUACUACUUUCCUCAUCUGAGAAAAUGGACGUCCUCCGGACUGUACGUAAAGCAGUCACGGACUUAGGACUACCGGAGUAUCCUAUUGUAGCGGGGAUUUCGGGACAGAGUACAAAUGAGAGUAUUCAGUUGGCGAAGGACGCGACGGAGGCGGGGGCAAGUUUUGGCUUACUGUUGCCGCCGAGCUUUUGGGCAAAAAGUGUGGGUGAGGAGGCAUUGUAUGGGUUUUAUAGGGAUGUGGCGGACGAGAGUCCGCUUCCGGUAGUGAUUUAUAAUUUCCCCGGCGUAACAUCUGGCAUCGACCUUAACUCCGACGACCUCUCAACCCUAGCCUCACACCCCAACAUUGUCGCAGUAAAGCUCACUUGCGGUAAUGUGGGUAAAGCCGUUCGUCUCACCUCCAUCUUCACUCCUGCCCAAUUCUCCGUCUAUGGCGGCUCAUCAGACUUCCUCUUUCCCACACUUGAAGCAGGUGGCGUAGGUUGCGUCACGGGUCUCGCAAACGUGUUUCCGCGGUCCACUGCACGGAUUUACGAUCUUUGGGUUGAAGGAAGGAAAGAGGAAGCAAUGAGGUUGCAGGAGGUGGUUGCGAAUGCGGAGUGGGCGUGUAAGAAGUCCCUUGCCUUGACGAAGUUUGGGGCGGGCUAUUUUGUGGGCAAAAAAUUGGCACUGAAUGAUCCGAAGACGUUCUGGCCACGGAGACCGUAUUUGCCGGCAAAUGGGAAGAUGCAGGAGUGGACGGUGGAAGUGAUGGGGGUGUUGGUUGAGGAGGAGGAUCGGAUUUCGGGGAAGGUGUGUGGGAGGGGGGUUAAUGGGAUCAAGGAAUCGUUGGGAGGUAGUCCCAUCACGGAAGAACGACCUCGUGCAAAGUAG